UGAUGCCUCCGUCUAAUGUUACGGUCGCAUUCCAAUCGUUUUUCCAAUUACUUAAUAUAGAAGUAGUUUUCACGUAUAUCAAUCUGUCUGAGUUUGUAAUGGCCGAUUCUGAGAGUCUGCCAUUUCAAGCGGAUUACGCCAAAAGUUCGCGGGCUUCGUGCAAACAGUGCUCAAACACGAUUCAAAAAGAGAGCUUACGAAUUGCGUCUGUGACCCAGAGCUCAAAAUGGGACGGGAAAUUGACGCGAUGGUUCCAUUAUAGCUGUUUCUUUGAACGUAACAGACCAAAAACUGUUUUGGACAUCGAAGGUUUCAACGAGUUGAGAUGGGACGACCAGGAGAAAAUUAAGAAAAAGUUGGGUGACCCUGGAGACGGGACCAUAAAUCUGACAAAAAUCAGUGAUUUUUUGAUCGAGUACGCCGCUUCUGGACGAGCAAGUUGCAGAACAUGCGAAGAGAAAUUGCUGAAAGGUGAGCUUAGAAUAUCAGUUAUGGGCCAUGACGAAAGGUAUGGAGCUGUGAAACGAUGGAGACACCCUAAAUGUUUCAAGGACAGCAUGGAAGAGGUUGGGUUCGGUCAUGAUGUCGCGAAAGUUCCUGGAUAUUCUUCAUUGAAGAGCGAAGACCAAAAAAUGCUGAAAGAGUUACUGAAGGUUGAAGUUUCGAGAAAGAAGCCAAGAACAGAAGAAACAACCGAAGAUGAAAGCAAUAAGCAAGAGGCUAAAAAGCCAAAAGUAGACAACGAAGUACUGGCAAAACAAAACAAGAAAAUCUGGAAGUUGAUUGACAAAUUGAAGCUGCUGGAAAAGAAGGAAGUUCGGACUUUUGUAGAGGAAAACGUUACUACACUGCCACGUGGUGAUACCGAGCUGUACCAAUGUGCUGCUGAUAUUCUGAUUUUUGGAGCUACGGAACCCUGUCCUGAAUGUAAAGGUCAAGUGUUUGCUAAAUCGGACGCGUAUCAUUGCUCGGGCCAAGUGUCAGCAUAUACGUCUUGUUUGUACACGUCUAAAGAUCACAAGCGAAAGGCAUUUAAAGUUCCAAAAGAGUUGGAAAAUGAUCCAGAAUCUUUAUUCAAAGAUGUCAAGUAUAAGCCAAAUGUAAAAGUCUUCCCGGAAGUGGCAGCGGUUAAACAGCGAAACGUGUUUGAAAAUAACAACACAGAAGUUUCCGGAAAACAGCAGGCGAAGCGAGAUGCGAUGUGGAAAAGUGAACUGAAAUCUAUGAAGGUCAAGGUUAAAGGCGGAGCAGCCGUUGAUCCUCAAUCAGGAUUGGGAGAUGAUCAUCAUGUUUUAAUGUGCAAUGACUCUCAGCCAAGUCAGCCCUACAGUUGUAUUUUGAAUAUGGUUGAUAUUGCAAGAGGGUACAACUCGUACUACAAACUUCAAUUACUGGAGUCAGAUAAAGGCAUGAAAAAAGUGUAUCGAGUCUAUCGAGCUUGGGGACGAUUAGGCACAACUAUAGGCGAUGAUAAAACGGAACAGUUUCUGUCAAAAAAUGUGGCAAUUGAAAAUUUUGAAGAGGUAUAUCUUGACAAAACAGGAAACGAGUGGAGCAAUCGGAGUAAAUUUGAGAAGAAAGCUGGAAAAUUUGCCCCGGUUGAGGUGAAUUAUGAAGAUAAUUCAAGUUGUGAUGAGGUUCAAGAUUUCGACAAAGGUGAGUCGAAAUUACCAGUGCCGUUGCAAAAUUUGAUCAAACUGAUUGCGAACUUUGAAAAUUUGAAACGAGACAUGCUAGAAUUUGAAAUCGAUAUGGAGAAAAUGCCGCUCGGCCGUUUGAGCAAAAAUCAGAUCAACGAAGGUUACAAAAUUCUCUCCGAGGCAUCGCUGUAUGUCAAUGAAGAAGAUCGAGAGAAGAAUAAAAUGAAAAUUCUGGAUGUUUCGAAUAGGUUUUUCACGGUAAUACCGCAUGAUUUCGGCAUGCGCCGAGCACCUUUGCUGGAUAACACAGAAAUCAUCAAUUCAAAAUGCAAAAUGCUGGACAGUUUGUCGGAAAUUGAAAGCGCGUAUAAAAUUCUCUCGGCUGUUUCGGGUGAAGGUGAUGGAGAAACGAAAUCAAUGAUCGAUUCUUACUACCAAAAGUUGAAAUGCAAAAUUGAACCAGUUGAAAAAGAAACAGAUGAUUUCAAAGACAUUGAAACCUAUGUGAAGAACACGCACGCUUCCACCCACAGUCAUUACAGUUUGGAAAUUGUUGAUCUUUUCAAGUUGAAAAGAAAAGAGGAAACGAUCAAAUUCACGCCAUUCAAUGCAUGGCCGGAAAGGAAGUUGCUCUGGCACGGUUCCAGAUUGUCAAACUUCGCGAGCAUUCUGAGCAAGGGUCUUAAAAUUGCCCCUCCCGAAGCGCCCGUUACUGGUUACAUGUUUGGCAAAGGCGUCUAUUUUGCGGACAUGGUAUCAAAAAGUGCGAAUUACUGCCACGCUUCGCCAUGUAACAACGAAGGUUUGCUUCUCCUGUGUGAAGUGGCGCUUGGUAAGAGUCAUUGCUUGACAUCGGCUGAUAGUAGUCUGAAGAAACCGCCAACUUUGACUUACAGUGUGCAUGGAAUGGGUAAAACAGGUCCUGAUCCGGCGGGUAGCAAAACUUGGCAGUCGGGCUGUGUGAUUCCGUGCGGGAAACCGAUCGAAAAUGACCUGAGCAAAACGGAUCUGCUCUACAAUGAGUUCAUUGUUUACGAUACUUCACAGAUCAAAAUGCAAUACUUGGUGAAGGUCAAGUUCAAUUUCUCGUAUGGAGAUAUGAUUUGAUGUGACCUGAUUUGAUGGAUGAAAAGGAAAAUAACAUAAAACUUUGUUUUAUUGAAAACGGAAAAUGCACGUCAUGUUUUCUAUGUUUGUUUAGAUUGUUUCAACUAAUCAAUUUGAGCAAUUUACCCUGAAGUAAAGAUUGUCUGGAAUUAAAGUCAGAAUACGCCUGAGAUUUCCUUUCAGUUGAAAAUGCAAUGCUUUUGUUUAUCUUAUUUAUGAAUGAAUAAUCGUGAAUUCGACCAAUUUGUUGUGA